GGCUACGCGAUAGAUGUAUAAUCCCUACAAAUGCUCGUGCCUAAUGCACUCCCCAUAGACCAACAAGGUUGAAACCCCACCUCCAGAAAUCCCGAAAAGUGCUUCUGUCCAGUCUGUUCCCAGCUGUUGGCUCCUCCAUAGCUGUACACUGCCUAUACCCACGUAAUCCGGCGCAGGCUGUCCAGAGUUGCAGUCGCUACCCUCUCCCCGUUCGACGACUCGACGAUUCACCCCCCACGCGUCCCGCAGACAUACCCGCCAGACUAGCCCAUAAUCCGAGGUCACAAUCGCAACGAUGAAUAUUGUUGAAUGGGCUUUCGGAAAGCGGAUGACGCCGGCGGAGCGACUGCGGAAACACCAGCGCGCACUCGAGAAGACGCAGCGAGAGCUGGAUCGCGAGCGUGUGAAGCUCGAGAACCAGGAGAAGAAGCUCGUAGCAGAUAUCAAGAAGAGCGCAAAGAAUGGGCAGAUGGGGCCUUUGCGGAUACAGGCGAAGGACUUGGUGCGGACAAGAAGAUACAUUCAGAAGUUUUACCAGAUGCGGACACAACUUCAAGCGAUCUCGUUGAGGAUUCAGACUGUGCGCAGCAAUGAGCAGAUGAUGCAGUCUAUGAAGGGAGCAACAACACUACUGGGCAGCAUGAACAAGCAGAUGAACCUCCCGGCUCUGCAGCGCAUCGCCAUGGAAUUUGAGAAAGAGAACGAUAUCAUGGACCAGCGGCAAGAGAUGAUGGACGAUGCCAUUGACGACGCCACAGGCCUCGAGGACGAGGAAGAGAGCGAAGACGUCGUCAAUCAAGUCCUAGACGAGAUAGGCAUUGACCUUGGCCAAGCACUCGGCGAGACGCCCAGCGGCCUGCAAAAGAACGCACUGCCAGAGGCUAGGGUGGCGCAGGCCAUUGGCGGAGCUGAUCCGGACGAUGAUGACCUUCAGGCUCGUUUAGACGGCCUGAGGAGGUGAGGGGACAAUGUAAUGGUUCGAGGCGUGUGCUUUGUCUAUGGCUGUGCUCAAUCUGAGGCUAUACAUGAUUGGGGAUGAGGUGACAUGGCCCGGUCAUGAUGGCCCUCAGCGUUUGUGUCUUUGAGACGUGUAUGCCACCAGGCUCUUUCUUACGCAUGUUACCAUUGUAUGGCCUUUCUCCUGAUUUGAUUGUACAUAUCAGUAUGGUCCAUGAAUGACUAGUGCUUGGCUACCUAUCCCAAGACCAAGAUAAUCCCUGCCUACUCCACCUUGGUAGCCGGCGCACAUUUGAUUGAGCCUAGAUCUGCUGAUCGUUAGUUCACCACGG